AUGCCCGGUGGUGGUGGACGCCAUGCACAUGUCAUUGGUAGAACAUCAAGGAAAGCACGAGAGAAUCCGUUUGUUGGAAUCGAAAACCAAAACUACGAUGAAAUCUGCAAAAAAUGUAGAGACGAAGAUAUUCUCUUUGAAGAUCCGGAAUUUCCAGCUGAUAACUCCUCGUUGUUUUUUGACGAAAAUGCUCCAACACGUGGUAACAUCGAGUGGAAGCGACCAAAGGAGAUUUGUGAUGAUCCCAAAUUCCUUAUUGAAGGUGCCUCUCGAUUUGAUGUGAAACAAGGUGAAUUGGGUGAUUGUUGGCUUCUAGCAGCUGUUGCAUCCCUGACCAUUGAUCAGAAGCUUCUGUUUAGAGUUGUUCCUCAGGACCAAAACUUUGAGGAAAGCUACACAGGAUGUUUCCGAUUUCGUUUUUGGCACCAAGGCGAGUGGAUCGAGGUGGUUGUAGAUGACAGAAUUCCUACCUAUUAUGAUCAGUUGAUUUACAUGCAUUCAACAGAAAAAAAUGAGUUCUGGAGUGCACUACUUGAAAAGGCUUAUGCCAAGCUCUGUGGCUCUUAUGAGUCCCUGAAAGGUGGUAGCAGCUCAGAGGCAAUGGAAGAUUUUACAGGUGGCGUUACUGAAUCCAUUGACCUCACUAGUCCUCCAGAAAAGCUUUUCAACAUCAUGCUAAAAGCCUUCCAGAGAUCAUCACUUAUGGGUUGUUCACUUGAUGCUGAUCCAAAUGAACUUGAAGCAAAAUUACCCAAUGGUCUCAUUUGUGGACAUGCAUACAGCAUCACUGCUUGCAAAUAUGUUGAUAUUCAAACUCCAAGAGUCAAAGGCAAAAUUCCAAUGGUAAGGAUUCGGAACCCAUGGGGUGAGAGUGAGUGGAAUGGUCCUUGGAGUGAUCAGUCAGAGGAAUGGCGUUUCAUUCCAGAUGAAGAAAAAUUGGAAAUUGGCCUUGUGAAUGAGGAAGAUGGAGAAUUCUGGAUGUCCUUCCAAGACUUCUGCAAAAACUUCAAGAAACUUGAAAUUUGUAACUUGGCACCAGAUUCUUUGGAUGAAGAAGAACUAAAUGCCAGAUCCAAGAAACGUUGGGAAUCAACUUGUGAGAAUGGAUCUUGGAUACCAGGAGUUAGUGCUGGUGGCUGCAGGAAUUAUCUUGAUACAUUUUGGACGAACCCUCAAUUCCGAGUCACUUUGACAGAUGCUGACGAUGAUGAUGAUGACAAUAUGUGUACACUGAUUGUUGCUGUUCUACAGAAGGACAGGCGAAAGAAAAGAAAGGAAGGUAUUGAACUACUCACCAUUGGUUACAUGAUUUACAGGUUAAAAGAGGGAGAUGAAACUGGUGUAAAAGACGUGAACUUUUUCAAGUACAAUCCUUCCGCUGGCAAAUCCCCAUCUUUUAUCAAUAUGCGAGAGAUUUGUGGUAGACACAAGCUAGAACCAGGCUCCUACCUCAUUGUUCCAUCUACAUUUGAACCAAGACACAAAGGAGAUUUCUUGAUGAGAGUCUUCUCUGAAAAAGCAAAUCAAACUGGAGUUAUGGAUGAGCAGACAGGACUUGAUGACAACCAGCAUUAUGGUGGUAAACCUGCUGAAGGAGAUUCAGUAGCAAGAGUGGAUUCUGGCCCAACUGAUGAAGAAUGGGAACAAGGAGAACAACUGAGGAAUAACUUCAAAGAAAUUGCAGGAGACGAUAUGGAAAUUGAUGCCUUUGAACUCAAAGAUAUUCUUAAUACAGUUUUUACAAAAGAAUUUGACUUUGAAGGAUUUGGCAUUGAACCUUGUCGCAGUAUGGUGGCCUUGCAUGAUGGUGAUAUGUCUGGCAAGUUGGGAUUUGAAGAAUUCAAGAGCCUGUGGAGAGAUCUGCGUAUCUGGAAAGCAAAUUUCAAAAAUUUUGACAGUGAUAAUAGUGGCUGCCUGAAUUCUUAUGAAUUACGUUCAGCUCUAAGAAAUGCAGGUUUCAAACUUAGCAACAGUUCACUGCAUACUCUAGUUGCACGUUACAGUAACAAAGAGGGACAAAUUGCUUUUGCAGAUUUCAUCAUGUGUGCUAUUCGCCUGAAAUCCAUUUUAGCAUCCUUCAGGAAUUCUGAUCCUGACCAAACUGGAAUUGCUGCUUUCCAUUUGGAAGAUUUCAUCCAGAUAGCCAUGUAUUCAUAA